UGUUGUGGAUUCCAUGUUUGCGUUAUGCUUGUUGGACAGUCUAUAAGGAGAAGCAACAUUGAUCUACCGAUCAUCUUUAAUCGGAGUAACAGGAAAUAUGAUGGAAAUCAUAUGUUUAAGGGAUCUAGCUUACGUCGUCUGUACCAUAGACUAACUGAACCUACACAGCCGGUGUCGGUGGUUCGAGCCCGAUACAUUGCACACCGUGGAGCAUGGACCCAAUUAUACCAAGAUACCAACUCAAAAAAUUAUGAAAAUCCAAGAUGCGCUUGUUAUGGAAAAACAAAUAGGGAUCGAGAAUUGUGCAUAUUUACUCCACAACCUCAAAGGUUCACCAAAGAUGGCCAACUAGAUCCAGUAAGAUUGUUCAAACAAGACAACCUGAAUAAAAGAUUACAACUCCCAUUAUCAACCCUGGUCGUCAGAUGGCAACCAAAAAGACACGUGUGUGGGUACACUCUUUCGGAUCUUCUCUCCGUCUUUUCUCAGUUUGGAAGCAUUCAGCAACUUCGUCUGCUAAGCCUCAAUAGCGCCCUGCUCGUGUUUGAAGAAAUUGCGUCUGCGUGUAGAGUAAUGCAAUAUCCAUAUUUAGGAGAUGUCUGCAAUAAAAUAUGUUCUAGUUGGUGGCACAGAUGUAUGGAGAAUAAGUAUGUUAGGAUGUCUGAGCGAGGAAUCAAAAUCAAAACUGACCGAUUUGUCAAAAUCUUAUUGUGAAAAUGUCAUAAUAUAUGUGCGUCUGCAGUUCCCAGAAAGUUUCAGUUGUUAAAAUGUCCUUUCGUUUGUUUGUUUGUUUGUUUGUUUUUAUUCCUUAAUUGAAUCAAGUUGCAAUAAUAAACACUUUUAGAGUAUCUUGGAUAUCGUCUAUUAUUUUUUUCACUAAAACUGAAAAGAUUCUUAUGAAUGACACAAACAUGAGAGUGUUAAUGAUGAGAGCAGGUCUGAUAAAUAUGAAUGUGAGAGGGACAGACAAACAUGCAAACAAAGACAGUGCAAAAACAUUUUGCAAGAUUUACGAAGUAAACAU